AGACCCCAUCAACAAAAACGUGAGAGGCAGCACGAGAAGGAGAGGAGAGAGAAAGAAUUACAAGAGGACGCUUGGUGAAAGAAGCCUCUUAAAUCUGGGAGCUGGAAUUAGAGCCGCAGAAACUGCAGAGGGGAAGCCACAAAACCACAGUGAAGAUGCCUGCUAAUGGAAACCGUCCCUUGAAGUUGCAGUUUGGUCUAAUCAACCAUGAGGGUCGCUACCUCACUGCUGAGUCCUUUGGAUUCAAGCUGAAUGCGUCAGCACCCAGUCUGAAGAAGAAGCAGAUAUGGACUCUAGAGCAGGACUCUCAGGACACCCAGGUGGUGUACUUGCGCAGCCACCUGGGACGCUACCUGGCCUCUGACAAGGAUGGCAAAGUCACCUGUGAGGCUGACGGGCACAACUCCGACUGCCGCUUCCUCAUCGUGGCUCAGUCAGAUGGUCGCUGGGCUCUGCAGUCUGAGCAGCACCUCCGCUUCUUCGGUGGUUCUCGGGACUACCUGUCCUGCUUUGCUCAGUUCAUCACAGAUGCAGAACUGUGGGCGGUGCACUUGGCUCUACAUCCGCAGGCCAACCUGUUUUCCGUGGCCCGCAAGCGUUAUGCCCACCUCUCUAAGGAGGAUGGGGAAAUCGCUGUGGAUGUGAACAUUCCCUGGGGUGUGGCAUCGCUCCUGACCCUUGUCUACUUGGAUGGAAAGUACUGCAUUAAGACCUGCGACAGCCGAUUCCUCAGCAAUGAUGGGAAACUCUUGACAGAGAGUGGGAGGGCCACGGCGUACACGCUAGAGUUGAAGUUGGGGAAGCUGGCCUUUAAAGACUGUGAGGGGAAGUAUUUGUCUCCCAUGGGGCCUACAGGCACCCUGAGGUCUGGACGAUGCUCCAAACCAGGCAAAGAUGAACUGUUUGACCUAGAGGAGAGCAACCCACAGGUGGUUCUGAUGGCAGGCAAUGGGCGAUAUGUCUCCAUAAGACAAGGAGUGAGCCUUGCAGCCAAUCAGGAAGACGAGACAGACAUGGAGACGUUUCAGAUGGAGAUUGACAAGGAAACCAGGAAGUGUACGUUCCGCACCAGCCAAGGGAACUACUGGGCUCUGGUGGCCCACGGAGGCAUCCAGAGUACCGCUAAAGAAGUGUCAGCAAACACCAUGUUUUCAGUGGAGUGGCUUGGCCAGAAGGUGGCACUAAAAGCUAACAAUGGAAAAUAUGUUUGCAUCAAGAAGAACGGCCAGCUACUAGCAGUCAGUGAUACCACAGGUGAGGAUGAACAGCUCACUUUGAAACUGAUCAACCGACCCAUGCUGAUCCUGAGAGGAGAGAACGGAUUCAUCUGCCACCACAAGAACUCCAACAUACUGGACGCCAGCAGAUCAGUCUAUGACAUUUUCACUCUGGAAUUCAGUAAUGGGGCCUACCACAUUAAAGGUGUGGAUGGACGGUUCUGGUACGUGAACAGUUCUGGGCUGGUGUACUCAGACGGUGAGGUCCCAGAGGAUUUCUCUCUGGAGCUCCUGGAGCAUGGUCGCCUCGCCAUCCGUGGCAAGAAUGGCAAAUACCUGCGCGGAGACCAGGGAGGCACGUUGAAGGGAGAUGGACACUGCCUGAGCAGCUCAGCUCUGUGGGAGUAUUAAGAUGAUCCAACAUUGGUCCUAAGCCGAGACUCCGACUUAACUCAUCGUUAAACUCUGUGGAAUUUUGAGGUGGAAGACAGUUCCUGCUCAGCGAAGAGUUACAGCUUGUGCUGAUUUCAUCCCACGUUUUUUUUCUUCUUCUUCUUGCUUUUUCAUAGAGGUUGCAACAGAGAGCUCACAGAGAUAACUGACUCAUACAUGGGGGAUGAAGUGCAAGAAGAAGA